AUGGGAAUACUCUCUUAGUUAUUCAAGCAUUGCAGUUGUAGCAACUAUAUUAUGUGGCUUGCCAUAUUAAUGUUUUGCAUUUCAGGAAGCAGCUUAUGGUACUAUAAAUGGGAUAAAGCAAGAGAUGAAAAAGAGUAAGAAGAAGAAAAACUUAAAGCGCAAAAGUUGAACACACAAACCAAAACUCAUUAAUAGCCAGAAGUAAAGGUGCAAGCAUCAACAGUACCUUAAGAUACUAAAAAGCAAUCUAAUUAAUCAAAUAAAACUGACUCCAAGUCUACUAAUGUCAAAUCAGAGGUGACAAAAUAACCACCAACAAAGAAGGAAGAAGAUAUUUUGGAGCAGAGAAGAGCAUAGAAGACAGACUUGCUAAUGAAAAUGAGCCAAGAUCACAGAAUCGAGGAAGAGCCUCACCUAGAGGACUAAUCUACACAGAGAAAUAGCCCAGUUAAAUCCCAGAAGCAAGCUAAGGCCAAGAAGGGUCAGAGUCAGUAAGAACCAAAGCCAGCUAUCGAGCUAGUUACCAUGAAGAAAAUAGAGGAGGUUUAACAACAACCAGUAAAGAAAGGCAAAAAGCAUGGUAAAAAGGAAGUAUAAGAGCUUGAAUAAGUGGUAGAGGUAGCUGUAGUUGAAAAGGAAGUCAUCAAGACAGAUGAUCAAUGGACAGUUGUCGCUCAAAGAAGACGCUGA